AUGGCCAAAAAGAAGCUGGUCGUCUGCGGCGGCAAUGGAUUCCUCGGAAGUAGAAUCUGCAAGGCAGCAGUAGCAAGAGACUGGGACGUCGUAUCAAUAAGUCGCUCUGGCGAACCCAACUGGCCCUCCGUCUCCGCACACCAAACAGCACCAGCAUGGUCGAAAUCAGUCCAAUGGCGAAAAGCCAACAUCCUCCAACCCGAAACCUACAAAUCCGACCUCGACGGCGCUAACGCGGUCGUACACUCGAUGGGAAUCUUGUUAGAAGCAGACUACAAAGGCGUGCUCACAGGCAAGGAGUCGCCGAUCGCAGGACUACGACGGGCAUUCUCCGCGACAAAAGCAGGAGGAAACACCAAUCCGAUGGAUCGAAAGCCAGGUCAAGCGAUUGAGCCGGGCGAGAAAGAUGGACAAAUUACAUACGAGUUGAUGAAUCGGGACUCUGCGAUUGCGUUGGCGAGGGAAGCGAAUGACAGUGGUGUCAAGGCGUUCUGCUAUAUUUCCGCUGCGGCAGGCGCACCGAUCUUGCCGGGACGAUAUAUCAAUACGAAGCGCGAAGCGGAGAGCACGGUUUCCUCGGCGUUCCCGCGGAUGAGGAAUGUCUUCAUCCGGCCUGGGUUCUUGUAUGAUUCCUCGCGGGCUUUCACGAUGCCAAUGGCUGCGGUGACAUAUGGUGGCUUCCUCGCGAACUCGCUUACCGGAGGAAACCUGACAUGGUUGAUGGGUGCUGGUGGAUCGAAGCCACUCAAGGCGGAUCUGGUUGCUGAGGCUGUUGUCGAGAGCUUGUCAGAUGACACGGUAAAAGGUCCGGUGGAAGUCAAGGAAAUUGAAGAGCUGGCCAACAGAGCUUGGAGGAGGAAUAUGCUCUAG